AUGCCGUGGCAGACACACGCCGUGUCGGCCCAGCUCGGCGACCGUUGCCCAGCUUCUAUCCGAUCCGCGUGUCUAUCAGAAGCUUUCUCCCUACUCGCGAGCAACCCGCACUUCUUCAGGAACGACGAUAGAAGCGACUGGUUCGACCGCCUGAAGACGAAGUGGACCAAACUCGGAGCCGACGAGCCGCACCAGCGGCUGUGCGAACUCUGGAGCGCGCCGUUGGCCACUUUGCCCGACGUGCUGACGAUCCCCGUUCGCAACGUGGGCACGCCGGGACUCAGCAGCCGUACGAACGGACGCAUACUGGUCCGGGACGCGUACGCGAAGCUGAUUUGGCGCAUCUGCAAGUACCGCCUUGAUGCGCCGGCGUCGGGAGUCAUCAUUACUGGGCAGCCCGGUUGUGGCAAGAGCAUUUUCAUAUGGGUCAUGCUCCGCGUGUUGCUCAUGCAUGACCACCCCGUCGUCUUGAUACUCGAAGAGAUCGCCUACCUCUUCUACAAGAGAGAGAGGAGUGCAGAUGCAAAGCGGAAGCGAGGCUCGGGUUCGGUGCGCGAACCCCCACGGCCGCUGUGGGUGCUCCUGGACCACGACCAGAGGGAUACUCCGAUCGCAGGCAUGAACAGCGCGUGCGUCUUCCCCGUCUAUUCGACGUCUCCCAACCCCAAGCGAUACGCCCAGAUCGACAAGCACCGGUGUCCCGCGCUAUUCGGCAUGCCGUUGUGGACGCAGCCGGAGUUAUUAGACGGGGUGGAGCUCUUUUACCUGUACGACAAACUCAGGACCGACAUACGCACUGUGAUCGACGCUAUAGCUGUACAGACCCGUGCCGCAGACACGGCAAUCGUUCCUGCCACGGCACCGACUUCGCCCACAGGCGCCUCCCAUCGAGUCCGCAGUCCACUGGCCCUGCAUCCCUCUCCUCCAGAUGUCUACCCUUACAACGAUGGUGACACCGUCGGGCUGUGGCCAUCUCUACCCAGUACGACCACUCCACCCUUUCACAUUCCGGGCUCCAUACGGGCCACCCCACCUCUGCCCAGUCCCACCCCAACGACACGAGCAACAAAGCGCAUCAGGGGUCGUACUUUCGUGGUCACAUCCGCCUCUCCCCCACCGAGCCCGCCUAGGAAGCGUACACUAGGCAAGACAUCGUCCUUGGCAGAGGUAUCAAGUAGGAUGUCAUCGCCAAACAGCCGCUCUGCACGCGCCUCCAGCAUUGAAGAUGUUAUCAUCAGCUGCAUCGACGACAACGUCCUCUCUCAUGCGCUUCAGGUCUUGUGGCGACGUGACCCCGAUGGAUGGCGCACAAGACCCGACCGAGGCAUCUUGGAGACCCUGGUGGCCGACGCGAUAGAGAAGUUUGGCUACAUUGCCAGAGAUGUAUGCGAUGGCAUCUUCCACCCCGACAACAUCCUCCGGCGGCAUCGAGACGUCGUGAAGGGGAUAACGUCCAUCCAGUACCAAGACCUUGUCGGCGCCUUCCUGUCAGACACGCACUGCAACCCCACCAGUCUCUCCCACCGGAUCAUCGCCCUCAUCCCUAUUCACGAGUGGGAUGAUCCGCAUACCAAGACAAUCUCCACUAGCGACAGCUUCAAUAUGGAAUUCAAGUCGGAAGGGGUCACCGAGAGGGUAAAGGUCGCCUUGCGCCAUUUGGAGGAUAGACAAGCCCGCCACCUCUUCUCCCUCUGCCACUUCACUCCGGAGUCUUCCAGCUUCCGCAGUUACCUCUUCGAGACGAUCAUUCACCGUCGUUUGUCCAUCACCUCGCGUUCGGAGAUGCUGUCCAACCUUUCCCCGAUGGAGGAGUCUGGCGUUUCACACGAGGCGCCGCACUUCUCCACCAGCAAGAGCACAACAACAGUGGUGCACAGCUCGACACUCCGGCGCGCCGCUGGCCAUCACGCACAUGCAGCCGGAAGCGCAUCUUUUACCGCGCAGACUCUCGUAAAGUCCAUCAGUCUGAAGCCGAAGGUUCCUCUGCCUAAUCUCGACUUCGAGGCCUACUACGUCCCCAGCGCCCCCAACAACUCAUUCUUCGAUGCCUUCUUCUUUGAGCGCGACUUAGCGUCGUCCAUAGUCACCCUUUGUAUCCUCCAAAUCACGACCGCAGUCGAGCAUGAGGGCUCCGACAAGGGCUACCUGCUAAUAUCGCGUCUCAUCAACGGGACACUCGCGACACUCACUCUGGACCCGUCUAAGCCCCUCGAGUGUCAAGUGCAGGUAACGUGGACUUGGAAGAUGCCCAAUGGCUGGGAUGCGACGAUGCACCCGCACGGGCACGUCUACCAUCUUCCGAUCCAGUUUGGCGUCCCUGCGUCAUCGCGCGAAGCUUCUCCAUCGCACUAG